AUGAGCACGCAAACUGAGGCUGAAGUGAAUAUUUCGGAGAUAAUCAGGAAGCAUGCAAAGGAUAUCUCUGCCCCAUCUGAGAUGUUCGGCAAGAUAGCCAUUCAGAUAAUAAUAUGCGACAACGGAGAGAAAGUUAUGGCUGUUAAGGUUCCAAAGAGCAUUCUGCCUGGGGUGCAGAUGAAUUACACCAAUAUUAUGAAGGCAGCUAAGCAGCAGUUCCAUGACUAUUAUAUAAUUUUCAUUAGAAACUUUGAAAUUGAAUCCCACGAAGACGGAAGGCCUGCAUCCAGGUCCACGAUUGAAAAGACAUGGCUAGCAAAUGCCUGCUUUCCAUUUCUACUUACAGGAACAAGGACAGACGUGCGUGGAGUUAAUGACAUGGUUGUGAACGUUCUUCUUGAAAGAAGGACAUCCUUCAGUAGAUCUGAGAUGGACGCAAUAGGGGCAGGGCUUAAUGGACUGCUCGGGAAGAACUACAUUGUUGAUGUCAACCAUCAUACCAAGAAUUAA